AUGACGUCACGGCAGCUCCCAGCAUCCAGGCCGUGUUUUAGCUGGUGCUCUGGCGCCGGCUCCGCUUCCCAGGGGAGCCGGGUACCACCCGGGCCUGGGGACAUGAGGAGGCAGGAGCAAGGGGAAGAUGCCCGCCGGCGUGCCCGCCCCAUAGAGCUGCAAAGGCGGCAGCAGCGAGAAAAGCAAAGCGAGUCCAUCUACCGCCGAGGCGCCCGGAGAUGGCGGAAGCUGCACCGUACCGGCGGCCAUCUCUUCCAGGCCAAGUGCUUUAACCGGGGAGCAUCCUGCGGGCAGUGCAGCGAGAGGAUAUGGGGCCUCGCCAGGCAGGCCUACAGGUGCAUCCACUGCCAGCUGCUGGUGCAUAAGCGCUGCCACGGCUUUGUCCAGCCACCCUGCGGGGGGCAUAUGGAUUCUGUCAUGCCUGCCCAAGAACCUGCAGCAGACGAUGGCGGCGGGGACCUGGCCCCCGAGGACGGCAGCGGAAUUGCAUAUAUCUCUUCGACCCGGAAACACGACAACAUUGAAGAUGAUUCUGAGGACCUCAAGCCAGUUAUCGAUGGCAUGGACAGCAUCCAGAUAUCUCAGGGGCUCGGCCUGCAGGACUUUGACCUGAUCCGGGUCAUCGGACGCGGGAGCUACGCCAAGGUGCUCCUGGUACGGCUGAAGAAGAACGACCAGGUCUACGCCAUGAAGGUGGUGAAGAAGGAGCUGGUGCACGACGAUGAGGACAUCGACUGGGUCCAGACAGAGAAGCACGUGUUCGAGCAGGCAGCCAGCAGCCCCUUUCUGGUCGGCCUACACUCCUGCUUCCAGACCACCAGCCGGCUGUUCCUAGUCAUCGAGUACGUCAACGGGGGAGACCUCAUGUUCCACAUGCAGAGACAGAGGAAGCUCCCAGAGGAGCAUGCCAGAUUCUACGCCGCCGAGAUCUGCGUCGCCCUCAACUUCCUGCAUGAGCGAGGGAUCAUCUACCGAGACCUGAAGCUGGACAAUGUGCUGCUGGAUGCCGACGGCCACAUCAAGCUGACAGACUACGGCAUGUGCAAGGAAGGCCUGGGCCCCGGGGACACGACGAGCACUUUCUGUGGAACCCCCAAUUACAUCGCCCCUGAAAUCCUGCGGGGAGAGGAGUACGGCUUCAGCGUGGAUUGGUGGGCACUGGGGGUCCUCAUGUUCGAGAUGAUGGCGGGGCGAUCCCCAUUUGACAUCAUCACAGACAACCCUGACAUGAACACGGAAGAUUACCUCUUCCAGGUUAUUCUGGAGAAGCCCAUUCGGAUCCCGCGGUUCCUCUCGGUCAAGGCCUCGCACGUCCUCAAGGGAUUCCUCAACAAGGAUCCCAAAGAAAGGCUCGGCUGCCGGCCACAGACAGGCUUUUCUGACAUCAAAUCUCACGCCUUCUUCCGCAGCAUCGACUGGGAUCUGCUGGAGAAGAAGCAGGCGCUGCCCCCCUUCCAGCCACAGAUCACCGACGACUACGGACUGGACAACUUUGACACCCAGUUCACCAGCGAGCCUGUGCAGCUGACCCCAGACGACGAGGACGCCCUCAAGAGGAUUGACCAGUCAGAGUUUGAAGGCUUCGAGUACAUCAGCCCCCUGCUGCUGCCCACAGAGGAGUCCGUGUGAGGCCCUGUGCGUGCAUGGAGGAGCUGUGGUGCCAAGGACCCCAGGGUGCAAACUUGCCCAGAAACAGAGCUGGCACCUAAGGCCACAGCUGUGCAGAGGAAUACACACCGUGACCACGGCUAGGCUGAGCCUUUUGUGCGUGUGUGGCCCUGGGCAACCUGGACACCCAACAGAGGCCCAGGAGGUGGCUGCAGGGUCCUGCCUGUGGCCUGCACUCAAUUUGCCACAUCUGGGUCAUUCCCACAGCUGUUCCGGAGCCAGCCUCGCUGUGGGAAACUGGGCAUGGGCGUUUUGGAAGCAGCCUGGCUGUGGGGAACUGGGCCCAGGCUGCUCCGGAACCAGGCUCGUGCAGGAAACCGGGCCCAGACACAGCUGUGCAGCUCAGACGCCACAGACAAACGAGGAUGAAGGACUUAACCUGACCCCACAAAUACAUUUCUGGAAACACUA